CUUCUGUGCAUUUCAGUCUCGAUCUCAUCAAAUCUCUCACUCUUUAGAAAGGGAAGCAUUUGUUGCGUGCGGACUAUGGCAUUCUCUCCCUUAACUCCUGUCUUUGUAGCAAUAAUCUGUGUCUUGAUUGUAAUAAUACUGAAAGGAAGCAGGAAGAGCAGCAAAAAAGAGCAGAGCAGAGCCAGCCAGAAGACAGAGUCUCGCCCAUGGGUGGAUGAGGACUUACAAGACAGCACCCAUCUGCCUGUGGAUGAAGAAGAUGAUGGUGGUGAAUGGCAAGGCUUAGAGGACAACAUUGCUCACGUCCCCUUUUCAACCGAGCGAUAUGCUGAAGAAGACAUGGUGAGGAGAUCAAAGGCUUUCUACGAGCUUCUCAAUAAGAGACGAUCGGUCCGGUUUAUAAGUGACGAGCCGGUUCCAAGAGAGGUCAUUGACAACGUGAUUAAAACAGCAGGAACAUCUCCCAGUGGGGCACACACAGAACCUUGGACCUUUGUAGUAGUGCAAGAUGCAGAAAUAAAACACAAGAUCCGGGAGAUCAUUGAAGAUGAAGAAGAAAUAAACUACAAAAAAAGGAUGGGAGACAAAUGGGUUAAUGACCUGAAAAGAUUGAGGACAAACUGGAUAAAAGAAUACUUGGAUGCAGCUCCCUACCUGAUUCUUAUUUUCAAGCAGGUGUAUGGAAGGCUUCCAAAUGGGAAAAAGAAAACCCACUACUACAAUGAGAUCAGUGUGUCUAUUGCCUGCGGCAUCCUCCUCGCUGCACUCCAGAAUGUGGGUCUGGUGACGGUUACCUCUACACCCCUGAAUUGCGGCCCACGCCUAAGGGUGCUGCUUGAGCGCCCAACAAAUGAAAAGCUACUCUUGCUGUUACCUGUCGGCUACCCCAGAAAAGAUGCUACUGUGCCAGACCUGACACGGAAACCACUGGAAGACAUUAUGGUGGUUGUAUAAACAUGGAGCAGUCAAGGAGACCCUUGAAAUUGUGUUGCUGUCGAGAGUUUUCUGCAGUUUGUUUGCUUCCUUUGGCCACUUGCAUUGGGCACAUUCAAGCGGGCAGCAGCCUCCGCGACACAGGCUCGUGUGCAUCCAGAAUCACAUGGAGAAUGGUGCACGUACAAACCUGCUCACAUGGAAUUCACACAAUUUUAAAUGGGUGUGCAUUUUGCAUGCAGCAUCCACCAAAAUCUCAAAAGUGUGGUAAAGUCCAAAGGAAUCCGCUUAGAGGAAGCUGCAGCAUGUCUAAGUCAGUGCAUAUUCUAUACACCUUUUCUGUCUUAACUGCAUUUUAUGUGUAUCUCUCCAAUUGUUUAGGUCUAGACACCAUCCAGGUUCCAAUAAUGACAACAGGUGCACUCGCUAAUAACAGUAAGCAAUCAGAAUUAGUAAAGUGUAGUUAAUUGAUCAGUAUUAUUGAUUACUCCAAGGGCAAAUGCACAAUAGCAUUUCAAUGACCUUCAUCACUUUAAUUUUCACAGUCCCCUGAUCUGAAUCGCAUAAUACCUUUCCUUAAUAUUUUAGUGAUUUUGACUUGCAUAGAAUAUAUACAGUCAGUUCCCAGUCUUCAGCAAUGCCCUUUGAAUAUCAAUAAGGUUUCUAUUGCUCAGUGCAUCAUCCUCUCUGCUUUUAGCUCUGAAGAGAAAGCUAAUAUUUACAGAGAUAGUUUUAAGCGUCACUCACAGCUUCGUCUGGGAGCAUGUGAAAUCAUCAUAGGGAAGGGAGCUUCUGAGCUGAACGGCCAUGAAAAAAGCAUCUAUAGCAACAACGUUACCAAACAUUACCAAUCCAGAUGUUUUGGAUUACAACUAACAUCAGUCUCAGCCUUUAUCAUAGCUGCCAAGUUUUCCCUUUUCUCGCAAGGAAGCCUAUUCAGCAUAAAGGAAUUUCCCUUAAAAAAAGGGAGAACUUGGCAGCUAUGGCCUUUAUAGCCAAUAGCUAGGGUCGCGGAGAGCGCCAGGUUGCAGAUGCCUAUAGUACAUCUAGGAUAAGUGAGUUUUAAGUCAGAGCACAACAGGUUUACCUCACCAGCAUCUUUCUUUUUGGACAGCUAAAUAUAGAACAUGAAUGUAUUGUUUUGUGCAACUCCCACUUCCCUUUGUUGCAGCACCAUCUGUCAUCUGCUUCCUUUCAAGGACAGAAUAGUAAUAACGCAAGGCACUUUUCUGGUGCUUGUUGAUUAAUGAAUUAAUUAAGCUCUAGAGUAUGGAAUCUUUUUAGGGUGAGGGCUACAUUCUUUUGUGGGUAACUUUCUGGGACCCAGAUGCCAGUGGUGGGUUGAGCCAAAGCAGGAUGCGGGUGGCGCUGUGGUCUAAACCACUGAGCCUCUUGGGCUUGCUGAUCGGCAGUUUGAAUCCCCGCAAUGGGGUGAGCUCCCGUUGCUUUGUCCCAGCUCCUGCCAACCUAGCAGUUCAAAAGCACGUUAAAGUGCAAGUAGAUAAAUAGGUACCACUGUGGUGGGAAGGUAAACGGUGUUUCUGUGCACUCUGGCUUCCAUCAUGGUGUUCUGUUGCACCAGAAGUGGUUUAGUCCUGCUGGCCACAUGACCCAGAAAGCUGUCUGUGGACAAAUGCUGGCUCCCUCAGUCUGAAAGCAAGAUGAAUGCCGCAACCCCACAGUCACCUUUGAAUGGACUUAACCGUCCAGGGGUCCUUUACCUUUUUACCUGAGUCAAAGCCCCCCCCACACUUCCCCACCCACCAUAGAAAUCCACCCAUCUACAUGAUAAAAGUAAUUAAAUACCACUGUUUCCCAAUCUGAAUGACAUCCAAGUAACUAUGCAUAAGACUGCAGCUGUGCAGCCAACUUGUGUUGAAGUCUGAUGGUUGCUUGUAGUGUGAUACAACCAGUAGCUUUUCAGAGUGAGCAGAUGCAAUUAUAUCAGCUAAUGUUAUCAGCUGUGAUGGAAGGAUGUAAAUAUGCUGGUUGAAAGUAUGUUUUUCAGGAUUUUGAAGCAUAAAACAUUUGGAACAUUUGGAACAUCUAGAACAGAUGUUGCUGGAUCACAAUUGCCAUCACGUCGCAGCCUGCAGGGCCAGGUAUAAAAAUGGAAUUACAUCUACUUUUAAAGACUGGUAUGGCAAAUGAUCCUCUGAACCGCACUGAAUCCUGUGGGUGUAGGGCAGUAUAAUAAUAAUAAUAAAUAAAUAAAUAAAUAAAUAAAUAAAUAAAUAAAUAAUAAAUGUUUCCAAUGAAAAAAUCAUAGGUAUUUCCUACACCACUGCUGUUUAAAGUUGGCAGUAUUCAGCCACGUCUUAUGAAUUCCAAGAUAGAUGUUUUUGCUUUUAUACUUCCUCCUAAAAUAAUAUCUUUGAUAAAAUGAAGCAAUCAAUAUGUACUUAUCUUACAUGUGUUAAUUAAAGCCUCCACGUUGCUUUUGUUUUUUUUAAUUAUUAUUAUGCUGUAACAUUAACAACAAUAAACAGUUCAAACAUUAUGAUGGUUGACCAUUCUUUGUGUUGGGAAGUAGAGUCUCUCAAAUGGUUCAGUUCUGGUUCAUCUCUGGGUGUCUGUAAUUACUGUAUAGAUGCUCCUGCCAAGCCCCAGAACUGUUGAUGGGACCCACACAACUGAAAGGGAUAAACUGCAUAUAAUCUUUGGCCAAAAGACAACUAUUUUAGGAGGAUUUCUGUAAGCAGGCUUGGAAAAAGAAAAUCUCUUCAGACAUCACGUUCCUCUGUAAUGGCUUGCUGAACAAGGAAGAAUGCAAAAAUGCUGGAGAACAUUGAUUCUAACAACCAUCCCAGCACAAAUUCUCUAGCCACAAUAGCAAGCCCGAUGUGAAUCCAUCAUGAUAUAUAGCAAGAUGCAAGUGCCAUAGUGAUAAAUGAUUUCCAUACCAUCAGAGAAAUCUCCCGAAGAACCACAAGCCUGUCAGCCAUUAAAAAUGUAGUCUCCCAUUAAAAAAAAAGUAAGAAGCUGCUGGUGAUGUCAAUGAUGAAAUAUCUGGCUCAGUUUAGACACAAUGAAAUGAGGGCAGCAGUAAUCAAGGAGAGAGGAGGAAAUGCUACCUGCAUGUUGUAAACAUCUUAUAUGCAUACACAUGGUUCCAAAAUCAAUUUUAAAAUCAUGGCAGGCAUAAGGCAUGAAUAACAGACAGCAUAUGCUAAUUAUUUCUGAAGUCUUAGUGGAAAAGCUACACUCUGUUCCUCAGGAACACUUUAGACUAAUCCUAGAUAUAGUAGCAGACCUUCCAAGGGUCCCUAUUUUCCAGGGACUGUACUGGAUUUACAAAAGCCGACCCAGAUUCUGAUUUGAUCCCGGAAUGUCCCACUUGUCCUUUUUCAUUGGAUAAAUAUUGGAGGGUAUGGUGUCAUCCAGCCCCCAAGCCAUCUGAAGGGGAAGAUUUUAAUGUUUAAUGUUUUAUUAUGUUUUUCUAUAUGCUGGAAGACACCAAGAGUGGCUGGGACAACCCAGGUGGAUGGGUGGGGUAUAAUUAUAAUUAUAAUACAUUCCUAUUUUCAACAGAGUAAUAUUGAAGAGUAUGUAGUGGGUGUUUCUGGUUAUUAUUUCUUGUGAAAAUUUUAUGGAACUUGAUGUAACUUUUAAUUAUUUAAAUCACAUUGAGACUUAUGUGGAAGACAAUCCAUAAAUUAAACAAGUAAAAUAAAAUUCACAUAAUUUUAUUUUUAUUUUUAAAUGACUAGCAAGGCCAUAUAGAAUUUACUGUACCAAAAAAUGCAACUGUGAUGUUAUCUCUAGACCACUAGGUGGCACAAUUACUCUGCUUGAAAUAUGCACUCUUUAACCUAGUUACAGGUAGGUAGCCUGUUGGCCUGCCAUAGUCGCAACAAAAUACUGUAAAAAAAAAAUUCCUUCCAGUAGCACCUUAGAGACCAACUAAGUUUGUC